AGGAAGGGUGGGGGAGGGGACAGCACCAUUAACCCCUUCAGGACCAGAUGAUUUGGAGCCUUAGUUUGCUGCCGUCUGUUGUUUCUAUUAGAAGCAGCCAUUUAUAAUUGUCUCCUCUUCUUUCCUUCAGGUUUCUCCAACCCAGGAUCCUCUGCUGAUAUCUUCUAUAUAAGAGAAGUUUCCUGAUCAACCAUGAAGAGAGACAGGAACAAGAUGGCCGACAGGAUAAUAAACCUCACCCUACAGAUACUCUUCCGACUUACUGGAGAGGAUUACACAGUAGUGAAGAAGUCCUCUAGUGGGCGCUGUCGGGCCCCUGUGUGUGAAGGAUGGGGAAGAACCCUGAGCCCAAUCCCGGGGCCCCCACCUCACUCCCUGAUACAUGAGGAAAUGGAUGAACAGAAGAUCCUAGAACUGAUCAACAAGAUGAUGGAGCUGCUGACUGGAGAGGUUCCUAUAAGGUGUCAGGACGUGGCGGUCUAUUUCUCCAUGGAGGAGUGGGAGUAUGUAGAAGGACACAAGGAUCAGUACAAGGAUCAGGUGAUGAUGGAGGAUCAGCAGCCCCUCACAUCAGCAGUCAGAUCCAGUAAGAGAACAGCAGCAGAGAGGUGUCCCCGUCCUCUUCUUCCACAGGAUCAGGAUCAGCUUAUGAAUCAGGGGAAAGAUCUGAACUAUAGUAAAGCUCCAGGCAUAAAGGUUAAAGGAGAAGAAGAGGAGACAGAUGUGAGCAGCGAUGCGCAGUAUAUAGAUGACAUUCUUACGGGGAAAAGUCUGAACUAUUUUAAUGCUACAGAUAAAAGGGUAAAAGAAGAAGAAGAGACAGAUGUGAGCAGUGAUGAGCAGUAUAUGGAGGACAUUCCUACAGGGAAAGAUCUGAACUAUAUUAAUGCUACAGACUUAAGGGCAGAAGAAGAAGAGACAGAUGUGAGCAGUGAUGAGCAGUAUAAAGAGGACAUUCCUUCAGGGAAAGAUCUGACCUAUAUUAAUGCUACAGACAUAAGGAAUGAAGAAGAGACAGAUGUGAGCGGUGAUGAGCAGUAUAAGGAGGACAUUCCUACAGGGAAAGAUCUGAACUAUAUUAAUGCUAUAGACUUAAGGGCAGAAGAUGAAGAGACAGAUGUGAGCAGUGAUGAGCAGUAUAAGGAGGACAUUCCUACAGGGAAUGAUCUGACCUAUAACAAUGAUCCAGAUAUAAGGGAAGAAGAAGAGACAGAUGUGAGCGGUGAUGAUCAGUAUAAGGAGGACAUUUAUACAGGGAAAGAUCUAAACUAUAUGAAUGCUACAGACAUCAGGGAAGAAGAGACAAGUGUGAGCGGUAAUGAGCAGUAUAUGGAGGAUAUUCCUACAGGUAACACCCUAGAUGACUGUACCAGGAGAUCAGAGGAAAAUCUUAUAUCUUCAUAUUAUAAAGCAGAUGAUGAUAUCACACAAGAUACAUAUGAAGAACAUUCCAUUAUCCCAGAUACACUCUCAGCCCUUCACAGACAAGAUCUGUCAUCUGAUCCUUAUAUACAGGUUCUACCCUCUGAUCCAUCAGAGCAAAAUAUAAGUCACAAAAGGGGCGAUGAACAACAAAAAUCUCACACAGAGAAGCAAUUUUCAUGUUCCGAAUGUAGAAAAUAUUUUACUCAGAAAUGCUAUCUUAAACGACACGACAGAAUUCACACAGGGGAGAAGCCAUUUCCAUGCCCACAAUGUGGAAAAUGUUUUAAUCGGAAAUCAAACCUUGUUGAACAUCGGAAAACUCACACAGGGGAGAAGCCAUUUUCAUGCCAAGAAUGUGGGAAAUGUUUUACUUGGAAAAAAGAUGUAGUUCUACAUGAGAGAAUUCACACAAGGGAGAAGACCUUUUCAUGCUCAGAAUGUGAGAAGUGUUUCAUUUACAAAUCAAGACUUAUUGAACAUCAAAAAACUCACACAGGGGAGAAGCAAUUUUCAUGUCCAGAAUGUGGGAAAUGUUUUACUACAAAAUCAAAACUUGUCUUACAUCAUAAAACUCACACAGGGGAGAAGCCUUUCUCCUGUUCAGAAUGUGUGAAAUGUUUUACUCAAAAAGCAAUGCUUGUUAAACAUUUUAAAAUUCACACAGGGGAAAAUUCAUUUCCAUGUUCAGAAUGUGGGAAAUGUUUUACACAAAAAACAACACUUGUUAAACAUCAGAGAGUCCACACAGGGGAGAAGCCAUUUUCAUGCCCAGAAUGUGGAAAAAGUUUUAAGGAGAAGUCAGAUCUAAUUAAACAUCAGAGAAUUCACACAGGGGAGAAGCCAUUUUCAUGUUCAGAAUGUGGAAAAUGCUUUAGGGAGAAAACACAACUUGCUAAACAUCAGAGAAUCCACACAGGAGAGAAGCCAUUUUCAUGUUCGGAAUGUGGGAAAUGUUAUACUCAAAAAGCAAAGCUUGUUAGACAUCAGAGAAAUCACACAGGGGAGAAGCCAUUUCCAUGCCUAGAAUGUAGGAAGUGUUUUAAUGAAAAUUCAGAUCUUAUUAAACAUCAGAGAAUUCACACAGGGGAUAAGCCAUUUUCAUGUUCAGAGUGUGGGAAACGUUAUAAUCUGAAAUCAAGUCUUGUUACACAUCAGAGAAUUCACACAGGAGAGAAGCUUUUUAUAUGUCAUGACUGUGGGAAAUGUUUUACUGCAAACUCAAGUCUGGUUGAACAUAUGAGAAUUCACACAGGUGAGAAACCAUAUUUAUGUACAGAAUGUGGAAAAUGUUUUAACGUUAAAUCAACGCUUGUUACACAUCAGAGAAUCCACACAGGGGAGAAGCCAUAUUCCUGCCCAGAAUGUGGAAAGUCCUUUAACCGAAAGUCAACUUUAAAUGACCAUCAAAGAACCCAUACAGGAAGAAUAUUUUCAUGCUUAGAAUGUGGAAAAUGUUUUAACCGAGAGUCAACUCUAAUUAAACAUCAAAAAACUCACAAAGAUCUUGAAAAAGAUCAGAGAAUUCCCACAAGGGAGAAGACAUUUUCAUGCUCAGAAUGUGAGAAGUGUUUAAUUUACAAAUCAAGACUUAUUGAACGUGUUCAGAAUAAGAUCAAGGAUGUUAUUGAUGCUGGACAGGAACUCAUCGGCAGCAUCUUGAUGGGUGGUCUUGGGGGAGUAGAGGUCACUGUAUUAAUCUCCGACGACUCCGAUUACUUUCUCUGUCCUCGAUGCAAUGUUUCCGGUCGCCUCUCGCAGCCAAGUGAGAGGCGUAUGGCGGGCGUGGAGCUGCCUGAAAAAGAAAGAGUUAAAUGGGCACUCUUAUUAAAACGAAUUUUUGCUAUAGCGCUCCUUAUGGCUCCUACAUUAAAGAAUUUUCUACAGGUGUAUGAGAGAAUUCUCCUGAAUGAGUGCUCAACGAUGGAGAGAGACAGGAACAAGAUGGCCGACAGGAUAAUAAACCUCACCCUACAGAUACUCUUCCGGCUUACUGGAGAGGAUUACACAGUAGUUAAGAAGGCCCCUGUGUGUGAAGGAUGGGGAAGAACCCUGAGCCCAAUCCUGGGGCCCCCACCUCACUCCCUGAUACAUGAGGAAAUGGAUGAACAGAAGAUUCUAGAACUGAUCAACAAGAUGAUGGAGCUGCUGACUGGAGAGGUUCCUAUAAGGUGUCAGGACGUGGCGGUCUAUUUCUCCAUGGAGGAGUGGGAGUAUGUAGAAGGACACAAGGAUCAGUACAAGGAUCAGGUGAUGAUGGAGGAUCAGCAGCCCUUCACAUCAGCAGUCAGAUCCAGUAAGAGAACAGCAGCAGAGAGGUGUCCCCGUCCUCUUCUUCCACAGGAUCAGGAUCAGGUUGAAGAUCUGAAGAAUAUUUAUGGUAUACACAUAAUAGUAAAAGAAGAGGAGACAGAUGUGAGCGGUGAUGAGCAGUAUAAGGAGGACAUUCCUACAAGGAAAGAUCUGAUGUAUAUUAAUGCUACAGACAUAAGGGAAGAAGAAGAGACAGAUAAGAGCGGUGAUGAGCAGUAUAAGGAGGACAUUUCUACAGGAAAAGAUCUGAUGUACAUUAAUGCUACAGAUAUAAGGGAAGAAGAAGAGACAGAUGUGAGCGGUGAUGAGCAGUAUAAGGAAGACAUUCCUACAGGGAAAGGUCUGAUCUAUAUGAAUGCUAUAAAAGUAAAAGAAGAGGAGACAGAUGUGAGCCGUGAUGAUCAGUAUAAGGGGGACAUUCCUACAGAUAAUCGUCCAGAUUCUUGUACCCGGAGAUCAGAGGAGAAUCUUAUAUCUUCAUAUUAUAAAGCAGAUGAUGAUAUCACACAAGAUACAUAUGAAGAACAUUCCAUUAUCCCAGAUACACCCUCAGCCCUUCACAGACAAGAUCUGUCAUCUCAUCCUGUUAUACCCGUCCUGUCUUCUGAUCCAUCACAGACUGUUACACAAAAUAAAAGUUACAGAAAGGAUGAUGCACAUCAAAGAUUUCAGACAGAAAAGUAUCCAUGUUCAUGUUCACAAUGUGGAAAAUGUUUUACCCAUAAAAAAUAUCUUGUGAUACAUCAGGUCAUCCACACAACGCGGAGGCCAUUUUCAUGUUCAGAAUGUGGGAAAUGUUUUAAUGCAAACAACAAUUUUCUUAAACAUCAUAUAAUUCCCACAGGGCAGGAGCAAUUCCCAUGUUCAGUGUGUGGGAAAUGUUAUAUUAGGAAAGCGGGUCUUGAUCAGCAUCAGAGAAUUCACACAGGAGGGAAGCCCUUUUCAUGCUCUGCAUGUGGGAAAUGUUUUAUUAGGAAAUCAACUCUUGUUGAACAUCAGAGAAGUCACACGGAGGAGAAGCAAUUUUCAUGUUCGGAAUGUGCGAAAAGUUUUACUAUGAAAUCAAAGCUUGCUAGACACGUGAGAAUUCACACGGGAGAGAAGCCAUUUUCAUGUUCACAAUGUGGAAAAUGUUUUACUCAGAAAUCCCAUCUCGUUGACCAUCAAAAAUUUCACACAGGCGAGAAGCCGUUUUCAUGCCCAGUAUGUGCAAAAUGUUUUACUUUAAAGUCACAGGUGGUUAGACAUCAGAGAAUGCACACAGAGGAAAAGCCAUUUUCAUGCCCAGAAUGUGGCAACUGUUUCACUCAGAAAUCGGGCCUUGUUCACCAUCAGAGAAUUCACACAGGGGAGAAGCCAUUUACCUGUUCAGAAUGUGGGAAAUGUUAUAUUAGGAAAUCGGAUCUUGUUAAACAUCAAAGAACUCACACAGGGGAAAAGCCAUAUUCAUGUUCAGAAUGUGGGAAAUGUUUUACUUUAAAACCAAGGCUUGUUAGACAUUUGAGAAUUCACACGGGGGAGAAGCCGUUCACGUGUCCGGAAUGUGGGAAAUGUUUCACUCAGAAGUCGGCUCUUUUUCAACACAAGAGAAUUCACACUGGGGAGAAGCCACAUUCUUGUUCGGAAUGUGGGAAAUCUUUUUCACGGAAACUAGAUCUUGUUCUACAUCAGAGAAUUCACACUGGGGAGAAGCCAUUUUCAUGCUCGGAAUGCGGGAAGUGUUUUACCCACAAGUCAUCUCUAACUGCACAUCAAAGAGCUCACACGAGAAAAGCAUUUUCAUGACCAGAGUGUGGGAAAGUUUUUAUCCAAAAAUCACAUCUUCAGUCAGAUAAGAUUUUUUUUUUUGUAUCCUUGGAAAACAAUUCAAAAACAAUUGUAUCAAUGUAUCCUUGGAAAACAUUAAAUUUUUUCACAUUUUUGGGAGAUGAUUUUGUAUUUCAGAAGUACUAUGCAAUAAAAAAUUUAAAAAAAUCUGAUAUUGAAAUUGCAUAACUAGGAAGAGAAAUGAUUCUAAAAUAUCUAUAUCUUAUGGGGC